AUGUCCGAGUCUCACACUGGUGCUAACAUGGCAGAGGUGAUACGGAAGGCUACGGUAGAGUGGAAGCUCACGGAGAAAUACCCAGCGGUUGUCACCGACAACGCAUCUAAUAUGACUGUUGCUGUUGAACUGACCGGAUACCAACACAUUCGGUGUUUUGCACACGUUCUUAACCUCGCUUCACAACAAGCCCUGAAAGUAGCAGCUGUUGCUCGACUCACUGCGAAGGUCCGCAGGAUUUCCAAGUUCUUUCACAGAAGCACCACAGCCGCCGAGGCAUUGAAGAGAAACCAAAUGUUGCUUGCACUGCCACAACACAAGCUCAUCACGGAUGUUGCUGUACGGUGGAACAGCGCUUACGAGAUGCUGGCCAGGUUUCUCCAGCAGCAGCCUGCUGUCUGUGCUGCCCUAUUAUCUCCGGAGGUAAGAAAGAGUACCACUGACAUCUGCACCCUGAAUGAGACCGACAUCUCAAAUGUCGAACAGGUUGUGCAAGCCCUCAAGCCAAUGCUGGUGGCAACAAAUAUCAUGUGCGAAGAGAAGAGCCCAACAAUCUCCAUCAUUGCUCCGCUCCAUGCCCAGCUUUUGAAUGACACAACAAGCACCAUCGAAGAUUCCUCUCUUGUUAAAGAGAUCAAGACCGCCAUCCACCAAGAUCUGUCCAAGCGAUAUGACUCUAUGGAGGAGAAAACCAUUCUGUACAUCUCAUCAGCCUUAGACCCCAGGUUUAAGUCUCUGCAGUUCCUCUUGCCACAAGACAUCCAGGACACACAUGCCAAAUUAGUGGAAAUGGCUGCUGCUCUCAAGGAAGAUGCAGACUUAGAGGAAUCUCAAGUGAGCCCUAUUCCUUCUGAUGACAGCACUGAGCAGCAGACUACAGAGACCAGUGCACACACACCAAAGAAGAGGAGGUCUGCACUUGCUGAUCUCCUUGGGCAGACAUUCAAGACCACCCAACAUCAACUGUCAGCUACUUCCAUAGCUGAAACAGAGGUCAAACAAUACCUAGAUGCUCCAUCUCUACCACUGACUGAUGACCCGUUGCAUUGGUGGAAGGCUCAUGCUCAAGCCUACCCACUCCUUGCCAAGCUGGCCCAAAGACAUGUGUGUGUCCCAGGGACCAGUGUACCUGCAGAACGGAUCUUUUCUACUGCAGGUGACAUAAUCAGCUCUCAGAGGAGCUGUCUUACCUCUGAGCAUGCUGACCAGUUGCUCUUCCUGAAGAAGAACAUGCAGUUUUGA